ACGCAAAACAAAAAAAAAGACAAGAAAUCUUGAAUCUUCUUCCUCAGUUUCUUCUUUUAUGGGAUCAAACAACACUCUUUCUUGAUUUCCGAAAGAUCUGUUUUUUUUUUUUAAAUGUUCUUUUUUCGGCUAAAAAUUAGAUCUUUUCUUCAGGUAAAACCCUGAAGAUUCUCAGAAGAAUCUGUUUGAACAUUUGUUGUUUCUUUCCGGGUAAUGUUUCCGUGAUUCUGUGUUUUCUUGUAAUCUGUUGAGUUUUGAUGUAAAGGACCAAAAUGAGUGCGCCGAUUUUACUGUGUGACGGCUUCGAUGUGCGUCGAAUUGUUAUCGGGAAGUUAAACGAGUAUGAGUCGUCGACGGUGACCACCACCGACGAAGACGACGAAGCUGUGUUUUCAGGUGAUAGCUUACUUGAGGAAGACUGGUCUGGAGAAAAUCGUUUCUGUUUUUACUUCGUUAAGCAAUUCGCUUACGAUGACCCUGAGAUCAAGACUAAGAUUGAUGAAGCUGAUAAUGAGAUUUAUCAUUGUAACACUGACCGGAUUCACAUUGCUAACAGCUUGAAAUCCAAAAGGGCUGAGAGAUUGUCUCUGGUUGAUUCAGUGAAGACUUUGAUCUCUUCACUUGAUGGAUACAAUGCCAUAUUUCAUUAUCAGUCGGCUCUGGAGAUGGACCAAGUAAACAAGGAUCAAGAAGUGGUUACAGGGAAAAUUUACAGAUUGAGUGAAAGGUUAAGUGAGAUUAAGAUGGAAAUUGAGUUGUUGGAUAUUCAAAUGGCUAGUGUACUUGAUCAAAGAGACAAAGCCGUCGAAAGGAUUAAGAUCUUGAGGAUACAACGCGACAAGGGGAAUGCUGCUUUUUUCCAGAGUCGUGUUGUGAUGAAGAGAGCCAUUGAAUUGGCUGCUUCUGGAAAUGUUAGAGAUCUUGAAGAGCUCACUAAUUCCGAGGUUGAAAAAUUUAUGUCUCGUUGGAACAAUGAAAAGGCUUUUAGGGAAGAUUAUAAGAAAAGAAUCUUGCCUUCACUUGAUGAGAGAAAGCUGAGGCACAAUGGGCAGAUUACAGACCCGGAAGGCGAUGUAGAUUUUGAGAGUGGAAAUGAAACAGUGGGGAAAAAGGCAAUAGAACACAAGAGGUUUAGUACUGAGGAGGAGAGUGAAGAUAGUAUGGAUUUUGAUAUCCCAGUAUAUGAGAAGCUUGGAAAGGAGGAAGAAGAGAUUGAUGAAGAAACUUUGAAAGAGAAGAAACGAGAAGAACAGACAGAGAAAGCUAGGCUAGCGAUGGAAAGGAAGAGGAAGCUACAUGAAAAAUCUGCUGCUAAAGCUGCCAUAAGAGUUAAAAAAGAAGCAGAAAAGAAACUGAAGGAACUUGAGAAGAGAGCGAAGAAGAAGGCGGCAGCGUUUAAUUCUUCUUCUUUGGGUGUAGACAGAAGUACAAAGUUAGUCACCAAGGCAUUAGAACCAGAAAAGGAGAAACUAUUAAAUGGGAAAUCAGUGUUUCCAAAACAGAGAAGUUUUAGGUGUAGACAUCACGGAAAAGGAAAUGACGCUGUCCUCAAAGCUAUCAUAAAGCGUAGAAAAGCUUAUAGGUUAUGGGUUUGGACUGUUUCCUCCGCUACAGUUGCUCUCCCGCUUGCUCUCCUUGUUGUCUUCUAUUACGUUGGAUGAGAGGAAAAAAAUCAAGAUCAAAAGAGUUUUGUCUAUCCUUUGGAGAGUUGAGUGAUGAGAAAACAGUUCAAGGUUAAUAGUUAGUUUAGAAGCAUUUGACAUUGGCAAUAAUCUCACUGUCGAUGGAGUAGACUGAACAUCUGUGUCUCAGAGUCGUAGCGACAUUUACCUCCAUGGUGAGAUAUGUUUGAUAUCCGGAAGCUGAUUCGGUCGAACACAUCAUGACCUAGUUACUCUGGAAAAGCUCUGGCACAAGGAUCAGGUCAAGAUGAUUAACCAGAACAACUUGGGGGCCUCGGAAAUCUAUCCAUGGAUGCAAAUGUCAUGAAAAUGACUCCAAACGUAGUUACUUAGUUGAGUCGUAGGAAUCAAAAAGCAUCCUCUUUGUCUUGUGUAGUAGAUUCAAAUGUGUGUACAUGGAAGAGAGACCUCAUGUAUUUUUUACUAUUUUUACAUAAACAAAUUGUGGACUGACCAUUUUAUUACAAAGUAUCUUUGGCUUCAAAUGUGAUUUGAAAAACUUGAGAAACAAGAAUUA